UGCCGCGAGUCGGCCGACGCGGGCAAAGGGGAAGGGCAAGGAGAGGGGCCGCGUGCAGGGCGAAAAGCGCACCGACAGCAAGCUGGUGGGCGACGAGGUGAUGGAGGGACUCGAGGAGAUGGACGCCUCCGAGAUAGCGAUGCUCUUCCCCGUCGCGCUGAAGCUGCUGCUGAACUUGGGCGUCCGCACCCGGCAGCAGGAAGCCGUGGCGCUGAUCGCCCUCGUCGCGCUGGUUGGUCUGCAGCCGGUGCUGCUCGCCCGUCAGCGGGUCAAGGGCUGGGUCGAGGUGGUCCAGAAGGCUCGCGCCGAGGCGAAACCCGAGGUCGAGAUCGCCAAUCACGGC